AUGGAGAGGGAGGAGAGUGAGAGGGAGAGGGAGAGGGAGAGGGGGGUGGUUCCGCAGCCGCCGGCGAAGCGCAUGAAGCUGGCACCGGUGGUACCGACCGCCGCCGGCGGCGGCGGCGGCGGCGGCGGUGGCCAGGUGGCGUCACCGAGGUGGCGGAGGCUGCGGCAGACCUUGCUCGUGGUGCUCUUCCUGGAGGACCACGGUGACGGCCAGCAUCUCCAUCUCCCAAAUCGGUCGCAUGCUUCAGAGAUAUGUCGACUGCACCUUUCACAAGUAUCAUGGGAUGAUUUCCAGGUCCUUAUCAGUGCUUUUCAAGAAAGAGAGAUUGGAUCGAUUGGUAGCAAGCUGGAGAGUUUUCAGGAGCAGAUCGAGGGUCUCCGCCAUGAAGUGACACAAUUGUCACGCCUGUGUUCCAAUCGCCACACUGAUCAACAGACAAGACUAGAGGCAAAUCAGGAGCAUAUUGCUGCUAAUGGAUCAAACACAGACACGCGACUGUGUUUCCUGAAUGGUUUGGAGCCACCUGUUUACACGGAAGAGAACUUAACAUCUCAGAACCAUGCAGCUAUCAAACUUGCCAUGUUUCAAGGUGACAAGGUGGUAGAAUCUGGUGCGCUUUCGGAAGCAAAAAUUGAGAUCUUGGUUCUCCGUGGAGAUUUCUCCAACAAAUGCCGAGACAAUUGGACUGAAGAUGAGUUUGAUAAGCAUAUACUGCAAGGUCGGGACGGGCACGAUCUUGUCCUGGGGACUGUAUGGUUAACCAAUGGAAUGGCUGAACUUAGCCAGAUCCGUUUCAGGGAAGGGUCAUCCAGGAAAAACGUCAUCAUGGCAGCAAGAGUUUGCAAGAACAAAAAGACUUGUGGUCGGGUUCAGGAAGCCAUCAUGAAGCCUGUGAAAGUUCUCGACCGCAGAAACAAACCAAAUGAGAAGAGGCACCCUCCAAGACUAGAUGAUGACCUAUAUCGCUUAGAGGAGAUUGCCAGGGAUGGAGCUUACCACAGGAGGCUUCAGGAGGUGCAAAUCUAUAAAGUGGGGGGCUUCUUGAAGGCUUUGAAUGAGGACUCCAACAAGCUUCGUGCGAUCCUCAAGAUGGAAAAUCAGCAAAAUGCUUGGUCAAAACUGACUGAGCAUGCUAGAGAGUGUGUUCUCGAAGAUCGGCAAGAACUCAAACAGUACCACAGUAAAGAGGGCAACGUUGUGUUUUUCUUUAAUUGCGUGCAUGAGCUUGUCGGAGCAGCAUUCCCACAUGAGUAUGUUGCAUGCCAAAGAUUUAACACAGCUCAGAAGGCUUUAGUGAACAAAUGGAGAUUGCAUGCAUAUGAAAAACUGAAGGACAUUUCACCUGAUUUUGUAAUGAAAGGCAAUUUUCCUGAGCCGGUCUCUUCAAGCACAGAUGUUGCUGCUGCACCUUCUGUUCUAGCAGUGGGCGCAUCACAACAAGUUUUCUCUACUAAUCAGCUUGCAUAUCAAGGAACUGGAGCAGCUGAAUAUUUGGCCCACAAUGAACAUGUAAUGGGACACAUUUCCCCAGUGGCAAACUGUGGUCCCACCAUUCCUAAUAAUGGUCCAAACACACACUAUUACCAAGGAACUGGAACAGCUGAAAAUUUGCCCCAGGGCGAGCAUGGAACACCUUACCAAAUUGCAGACUGUGGUCCCAUUGUUGCCGAUCCUGAUUAUCUAAACACACGUUAUUGCCAAGGCCAAGGAAUUCCACUGCAUAGUCAGCAGCAAGUAAUUUCACCUUGGCCUCAAAACCCCCAAGGCAUGAUGGACUUUGCUUGCCCAAUUGAGUUGGCGGGCAUGAACUUUGACCUGUAUCAGGACUCAGGUGCAUCAACCUCUGCUCAAGCUCAACUUAUGUUUGGGCCACGUAACCCUACUCAACCUGAAUCAACCAACCCUGCUGCAGCACCACCAUGGAUGCCAUCAAUGGCUGAGCAAGAUCAGGGACCCAGCUGCUCUGGAUUUCCAGGAUCAGGUCACCCCAACGACUUCCAGUAA